AUGGUGGAAGGCGGCAGCGGCGCGGGGGCUACGUCGACCUGCCGGCGCGGCGGCGGCGGAGGCGGCAUCGUUGGCCCCGUGGCCCGGCGGUGCUGCGGUGGCGGGUGCGGGCUCGGGCGCCUGGUGCGGCGGCUGCGGCGGCAGGGGAGGCAGGCGCUGUGCGCGGCCAGGCCGGCGUCGGCGUCGUCCUCGUCCUCGUCGGCGGCCGCGGCGCUCCGGGGGUGCCAGUACGACCCGCUGAGCUACGCGCGCAACUUCGACCAGAGCGGCUUCGGCGACCCCGACCCGGACGCGGACGCGGCCAGCCUCUACUACAGCUACACCUUCUCCUCCCGCUUCGUGCUCGCGCCGGGCAGCGCCGCCUCGUCGACCGCCGCCGUCGUCCCCGCGCCGAACGGCCUCGUCGUCGCCAGCCGGCCAACCGCCGCCAGCCAUUAGCCGUCCCAGCGCUAGCAGCAGCUUCCCCUUCCUCCCUCCUCGGGUUCCUUUUCCUCAACCUCUGGAAUGGAAAGGCAGCUUCUUUUAAUUCGAUUAAACAAAAACUUUCCCGCUAAGGCGAAAGUUGGGUCGGCAGAACGACGAUGUUUGUAAAUUAAUAAUAUAGUGUACUGUA